GUUUUUAAGUACAGUAGAUUAAUUUAAAAAGCCUAAAUGUAAAUCCAAAUUUAAUGCACUGUUAUCCUGUUGUGCUUUUCUGACAAUAAGCAGUACGAUACGAGAUGAUGUAAAAUAUAAACCUAAAAUGUUUACAUCACUUCUAACUGGACACAGGAAGUUAUAUCGCUAUGAUUUUCAUGCAUGAUGACGUAGAAACUUAACGCGACGUCCUUGAAUGGGGGGGGGGUGCUUCGAAAAGUAAUGUAAUGCUCUUAGCAAGGUUUUAAACAACAAUGGCUUUAAGUUGACGGCUUCCGUGCACUUUUCAAUCCGUAGCGGCCGUCUGGACAUCUUUUUGUGGGGUCGCGGUGUUUGCCCCCCCCCCCCUUCCCGCUCCCGCGGACGCCAUCUGCUCGUCGUAUUAGCGCCGGCUUUAAAUUGGCAAACACUCCCCGGCUGGCUCCUUUCGCCCAGCAUUGCCUUUUCUGUGCCUUUAGUGAACUUUUUCUUUUGAGUAAAUAACAUUUAAAUCGUUUCGAAUGAACGUUUGGUUGACGUAAUCGCGCCGCUUCCCUUUUUUGGCUCCGGCGGCGGCGGUCGGGGAAGGAGAAGCCGGCCGGGAUGCUCGCAGCGGACCAGCCGUCCCCUCCGAGACUCGGCCCGCGCGUAAAAGUGGGCCCGGUUGGCAGGAGCGGCGUGGUUCGGGAGGGAGCGGAAGAUGCUCACGUGGAUUCUGGACCUGAAAGUGCCGAGUAGUGAGUUUGACGUGUUUGGCUAGUGGUUAGCUUUCCAGGUUAGCCGCGGGCUAACGCCAGCUAGCCAAACUUCGCCGUUUGUCCCGACUCACAAUGGAAAGUAACUUUCUUCACUAGCAUUGAUUUUUACCCUCCACUUUUUAAAAAAAAAAAAAAAAAACUCGUUGCCACCGCAAUUUAACGGCGUCCAACCCUCGUUUUUAAGCGUUGUUUGCAUUUUAACGCGUUUACGAACUCCCGAUAGCUAACUGCGUUGUCAUGGCGACCAGACCAAAGAUGCAAGCGUCCCGAAGCCGCAGCCGCCGCCACAAGAUGGAGGCACGUUGUUUCCCAAAAAAAAAAAACCCUCAAAAUCCUCUUCUCGUGUUCUAUUUUAGAUCGGACUGCGGUAGGAUGUCAACAUCUCCCGCCGAGCUCACGAGCCGGCGCACCCGCGAGCGGCACCGGCAGCGUCGCUUCGGUCUCGACUUGCACCUGCUGGCCAACCCCGGAGAUUCUCUCCUGCUGCAGCACAGCCUGGACCGCCUGCUGCGCUGGCUCUGCCCGAGCCUCCGCGUCUUCCACGUGUCCGAGAGGGCCUCUCCUCGCGGGGGCUUCGCUCGGCUCUCUCCGGGGGCCGCUUCGCCUUCUCUGGCCGUCACCUUCUUUCUCCACGAGGCUUACGGAGAAGAGCGGAUCCUCAAAGUUCUGGACUUCUUCCAGCGACCGCCCUGGCGCUACCACCACACGGAAAACUGCGGCGGCAAGCUUGCCGCCGGGGUCCGCGUCCCCUCCGGCGCCGACGCCUCGCCGCGGCCCUACCUCCUCCCCAGUCGGGACUUCUACAGCCUGGGCCCGGGGAUGCCCGUGUGGGGCGUCCGGCCGGUCCACUGCGGGGGGGAGAUCCUGCGCGUGACGCUCUACAGCGGCUACGACAACUACGAGGACGCCGUGCGAUUCUACGAGACGGUGCUGCAGCAGCGGGCCCAGGAGCAGAAGACGGGAUUCUGCUGGUUCACCCUCCACACCGAACCAGGCCUGUGCCUGCAGCUCGCGUUGAAGCGGGUGUCGGCGGGGGUCCACGUGGAGCCGUGUAACUCGGCCGUGCUGCAGUUCAGCGUGGAGGAGAUCGGCCAGUUGGUCCCUCUGCUGCCCAACCCUUGCACGCCCAUCAGCACCUCUCGCUGGCAGACCGAAGACCUGGACGGAAACAAAGUUCUCUUCCAGGUGAAGACCCCGACGCAAAGCAAGCCGCCUUUGACCUGCGCUUUCCCCCCGACGCACCUCAAGGGCGGAGGACCCGUCCAAAACCCGCCGGCGGCCUGGCAAAGCCACAGACGCGGCGCGAGACCCGCCGGCGACGCGGCCGCGCGGAAGCCUCCGGGAAGCCGAGGCUCAAGCAGCUGCUGCAGCACCCCCCCGGGCAGCUCUUGCUACUCCUCCCGAGGCAGCAGCCCGGGGCCCCCGCCCGCCUCCGACUCCCCCCUGCGCCCCCCCGCGGCCCGUUCGCUCUCUCGUCUGCUGCUGGAGGACGACGACCACGACGGGGAGACCAACGUGGACACGGGCGUCGCCGUGGCUCGCGCUGCCCCCGCGGGAAGCGGGACCGCGCCCGAUUUUUCCGACCCGCCGUCGUCGCGAGUCAAUGGCGGGGAUCCGGCCGACGAGUUCUUCAUCUGAGGACGCCGGGCAACCGUGCGCAAUGUGCCACUUUCAAGUAUUUCAAGACGUUCUGAAGACCGACAGCAAAAAAAAAAAAAAAAAAAAAAAUGUCACACAAGCAAGAAGAGUGUAAAUAAUCGUCCCAGUCCGGACGUGGCAACCAGUUUCUGCUUUUUCCUCACUCAAAGUCAGCCGGGAUAGGCUGCAGCUCACUUGCAGACCCUGAUGAGGAUAAGCGGGAGAGUGUUUUUGCGUAUCGAGCUAGAACUGAUCAUCAUCAUCUUUGAACGUGUUAUUUUGUGACUAUGAAGUAUUUGCUUAACUUUUAAAAGAAAAAAAAAAAAAAAAAAGUCUUACGCUGGAAGCUGCUUUUUGCGUACAACUAAAUGUUCUUUCGGCUUGUCCCGUUCGUGGUCGUCACAGCUCAGAUGACCGCCGUUAUUUGUUUGGCACAGUUUUUACACCGGAUCCCCUUUUUUUUGGGAUUCAAACUCACAACCCCUGGUUUACCAAACCGGUGCUCUAACCGCUGAGCAUGGGGGGGCUUCUCAGAUCGCAUGUUUACAAGACGGGGAAAAUAAAUGUGCGGGUGAUG